CGACGACAGGACCAUCGGUCGUCGUUGCUACUACUCUAUAUCAUCACCAACGGCUGCGACCUUUCGCAACGCCGCCGCCACUGCUGCUGCUGCUGCUGCUGCUGCUACGUAGUCUACUCUAUCUUCGUACUCGCUCAGCUGCUUCCAUGAUCAACGUCUAAUUGGCAUCAGCCCCGACCAGCGAUCUCCGGCUCCCCUUUUCCCCCUUCCCUUCCCUUCGCGCGACGCAACCUUCUUUGGCCGCCAGCAUGUCCCUUCGUGGAGCCAGAGGCGGAAGCACUGCAGCCUCACGCGGUGGCAGUCGCCUCUCCACGUCGUCUCCUCGUGGCGGUAGUGGUAGCAGUCCCAGCACUCGCGGAUGGUCCACUCCCAAUGGCUUUCGCGGACCAUCAGCAGCAGCAGCUCCUGCUCCUGCUCCUCCUUCGCAGGCUCCAUCGGCCUCUGCUUUCCCCUCGCUGGGAUCGCAGACGCAGACUGCUCAACGAGGGGACGAUGCAGCUAGCCGCACCCUGUUUGUCCUUGUCAGCCUGGUAGGCAACACCGUCACUGCAAAGACUCGAAGCGGACAACGAUUCGUUGGUAUCUUGCACUCGACCUCUCCCGGUGAUCUCGGCGUCAGCCUCUCGUCUGCUCAGGAGAUCAAGGGCGAUGGUACCCUGGGCGCUCCACAGAAGCUCCUCGUCAUCAAUGGCGGCGACUUGGACAUCGUCGAGGCUCACGAGGUGACCCUGGGCGAGCCUGUACGAGAGGCGGACCGACAGUCCUUUCGCACCGACGUCGAGAUCUCUGCGGCAGCUCGUCCAGACCCGGCAUCGAGGGCAUUGGAAAAGUGGGACGACGAUGGCAGCGCACUCAGUGGAGGCAUCGAAGACGGCUCAGCGACCAACAACAGCAGCAAGUCUUCGAAGCCCGGCCAGGCAUGGGAUCAAUUCGCAGCCAAUGAAGCUCGCUUUGGUCUCAAGAGCAACUACGACGAGGACCUCUACACGACGAAGCUCGAUCGUAGCGGCAAGGACUUCAAGGAGAAGGAAAGGAGAGCUGCACGUUUGGCAGCAGAGAUUGAAGGGCAGGUGUCUUCGAACACUCACAUGGCAGAAGAGAGGGGACAUGUCGAUGACUCGGGCCAGAACGAGGAAGACAAGUACGGCGCCGUCAAGCGUGGUCCCAAUGCCUAUGUCCCUCCCGCAGCGAGAAGAGCGGCUGCCAGCCCUCGCGUCGUCCUCGCCGAGGCGGCCGAGAAGAAGGCAGGAGCUGCAGCUCCUAGCAUCGCCGUCAAUGUCGCAAGCCCCACGAUCCCAGAUGGUGACGGGAGCGGAGCUACAGCGCCGAAAGCUACGACGGUCGCUGCUGCUGCUCCUGCUGCUGCUGGGGGUGCAGCCCCAGAGGACGGCAAGUCCAAUCGCCUUCAUUCGGACUUUAAGCAGUUCGUAUCCUCUGAGCGAAUGCGCUUCGAGUCGCGCAAGCAGCAGCAGACGGAGCAGGAGAAGAAGGCGCGCCUCGCCGAGCUCAAGAGCUGGUCAUCGAGCUUCAAGCUCAAGACGCCCAUGCCUGAAGACGUCGCAUCAGUCGUACACAAGAGCCCGGAUUCAAAGCCUCGCGAUCCAGCCCUUCAAAAGAGCUUGAGCCCGGCACCAGCUCACGCUCAGUCCUCUUCGAUGGCUCCGACGUCUUCGAGCGGCGCUGCGAGUGCAAGUACGGCUGCGACGCCAGCACCACCGUCGACUCAGGCUGCGCAGCUGGCUGAUACCAAAGCAAUGCUUUCUAAGAUGACGAUUCCCAAGAUUCCGCCCUUCAAGGCCAAACAGGACGGGGCGGCCCCUGCGGCUGGUGCUGCGCCAGCGCUUCCUUCGUCGUCAGCAAUGUCCAAGAUGAGCGCCAAGGCGAGCUCUUUCAAGCCCUUCAAUCCUGCAGCCGCAAGCUUCACACCGGGCGCUGGAGCAGGGGCAGCUUCAUCUACUCCCGCCGCUCCUGCCCCACCCGCCAAUCCCUUCUUUGGCAAUCGUCCCCUCAACAAGUCGGCUACGCCCCUGCACGUGCGCGAGGACUUUACGCCGUUCAAAAAGGGCUCGUCCAAGGUGGUGCCUGAGUCGUCGUCGAUCCCACCCACUUGGCCGUACAAUGGCAAAUCCUUCCGUGCCAUGUACACGCAGCCACAGGCUCAAGGGCCCGCUGUUCCGGGCACGCCUGGCCACGCUACUACUCCUCUUCAGCAGGGGCAAGGCGAAGGAGGUGGAGCGCCCCCAGUCCCAGGCACCCCGCAGUACGCCCCCUCACCCGCUCUCGUCUACCAACCUCAGCAACAGCAGCAGCCCCCGAUGGGACCACCUUCUGGUCCCUAUCGCUUCCCCCCUCACGGCCAGUACCCGAUGCCGAUGCCGCACGGAAUGCCUCACGGCGGUCCUGGCAUGCCCUUUGCAGGAGGAGCACCUGUUCAGCAACAGCAGCAAUUCGCCAUGAUGCCUCAUACGCCGCACAAUCCUCACGCACCGCACGCGAUGCCCUUUUCACCACCUAUGCCGCCUCAGGGCCCGCCAGCCACGAUGUACUCGCCCCAAAUGGCGGCAGCAGCUGCGGCUCAAGCGGCCGCAGGAACGGUACAGGCGGCUCCUGGUCAAUUUGCAGCAGGUGGUGCUCUUCCCCCUGGCACGCCCCGUACGACGGCCAACGCAGCAGGCAAAGGGGGCGCAGCGCUACCACCGCAGAUGUACUAUGGGCAGGGAGGUCCCAUGCCGCCCCACUUUGUCGCGGGACCCAUGGGCCCAGCCUCUAUGCGGCCUGGUGGCGGCUUCCAUGCGCAUGGGCAGCACGGCGGGCACCCGCAUCAGCAGCAACAGCAGCAUCAUCACCAUCCUCAUCAUCAUCCUCACCAUCAACAGCCGCCUCCCCAACACAUGCAUCCGGGUGUGGCCCAUCCUGCUCAGCAGCAGCAGCAGGCGGUGCCGCCCCCGCCUCAUUCGAUGGCGAGCAGUGAUGCGAGUGGGACGCCGGCUGUCAAUUCACCCGCGAUGGGGUCGACGGCGGGCGGGAAGGAGUAGCGCGGGGUGUGAGGAGGGCAUUGAAGGUCAGAUGAGGAUCUGGUAGGUAUGGUUGAGUUGAGGGUAUAGGCGACGGUGUAUGCGGUGCAGAGC